ACGCGUGUGUUCACAAAUCAAUGCAGCGAAUUCGUUCACCACCAACACAAAACAAGAACAACUGAAUUUUAAUCUUUUAAGAUAUUAAAAGUAUCAUUAAAAUGUACGAUACGAGUUCAAUAGCAAGAGGGGACAUAACAAGUACUAGCGGUGAACGGUUGGUUUGUUUCACGCCUGAGAUCUGUCAACAGACCAAAAAGGGGCAGGGGAAAUAUCAAAAUGGUAUUUAAGAUACAACUAAAACGUGAGUUACACCUGUCACUUGUGAUUUUCGGAGUAUUCUGCAAAAUAUUUGCAAAUAGUAGCGUUACAGGUAUACAAGUGACUCAAAUGACUGAUACUACCACUAAAUCCCCUUCGUUUAUCUGGGAGAAUAGAAACAGUACAAAUCUGUACUACAUGUUUGUGACAACUCCUUUGUCAUGGUAUGAUGCAAGAGAUUACUGUAGAGCAAACAAUGGGAAUUUAACUAGUGUUACAUCACAGGAGGAGCAGGAUUAUUUGGCAGUCCAUACGAGUUUUUAUAUAGAUCACUGCUGGAUCGGAUUAACUGCUGAACGUGAAGUGGGAGUAUGGCAAUGGGAAGACGGAUCACCUGUAACAUACACCAACUGGGAUCACAUUCUACUGCAGCCGGAUACUUGGAGUCAAGAAUAUUGCACAGUUAUGGGAAAGUUGAAUUUUCCUACGUGGCAUGAUGUACACUGUUUUUUACCUUUUCCGUUUGUCUGCAAAAGAACACCUGUUACAGGUAUACAAGUGACUCAAAUGACUGAUACUACCACUAAAUCCCCUUCGUUUAUCUGGGAGAACAGAAACGGUACAAAUCUGUACUACAUGUUUGUGACAACUCCUUUGUCAUGGUAUGAUGCAAGAGAUUACUGUAGAGCAAACAAUGGGAAUUUAACUAGUGUUACAUCACAGGAGGAGCAGGAUUAUUUGGCAGUCCAUACGAGUUCUUUUAUAGAUCACUGCUGGAUCGGAUUAACUGAUGAACGUGAAGUGGGAGUAUGGCAAUGGGAAGACGAAACACCUGUAACAUACACCAACUGGGAUCACAUUCUGCUGCAGCCGGAUACUUGGAGUCAAGAAUAUUGCACAGUUAUGGGAAAGUUGAAUUUUCCUACGUGGCAUGAUGUACACUGUUUUUUACCUUAUCCGUUUGUCUGCAAAAGAACACCUGUUACAGGUAUACAAGUGACUCAAAUGACUGAUACUACCACUAAAUCCCCUUCGUUUAUCUGGGAGAAUAGAAACAGUACAAAUCUGUACUACAUGUUUGUUCCUACUCGUUUAUCAUGGUAUGAUGCAAGAGAUUACUGUAGAGCAAACAAUGGGAAUUUAACUAGUGUUACAUCACAGGAGGAGCAGGAUUAUUUAGCAAGUCGGAUGAGCUUUGCUAAAGACUGCACCUGGAUAGGGUUUUCUGACGAAUCUGGAAUCUGGAAAUGGGAGGACGGAUCAUUAGUAAAAUACACGAAUUGGGAUCGUAAUGUGUCUGAUCUGGACAACAGGACAAAUGAACACUGUGCAAUUAUUGCCAUAUACAACGUGGCAAUGUGGCAAGGCGCUUCGUGCAAGUCAUCGUAUCAGUUUAUGUGUAAAAGAACUGGCAAAGGUUUGCAUUGUUUUAUAUACGUAUGCUAAAU